UACUUAUACCUAAACAGUCACGCGUUCAGUCAACGCGCGCGAGCGUAAAGCAAUGCACGUUGAUAACAUUACAUUAAACUGUUCAUGUGACGUGUUAAAUUUAGAUAAAUUAUUGUGCAAUUUUACUAAAAAGAUUAUAAACCUGCAUCCGUUUAUUUAAAGAUACCAUUGAGAUUACCAGUUAUAACCAAAUGGACAAAAUCUAAAAUUACCAUCAAGUCCCUCAAUAUCUACGUUCAUAGCAAACGUCUCACAUGAAAAUCUAAACUGGUCAGCGAAAAAAUAAUAACUUUCCGAACCUACAAUGUCGACGUCGUCGAAUAUCAAAUUCCUUCCGAUCAAUAGAAUUUCUUGUGAUGAUCCGAUGUGGGAGUCGAUUCGUGCCGGUAAAAAAUUCAAUGUCAUUGGCAUUGUUGUAUCUGUUGGUGAGAUCCAAGAAAUAUCAACAAAAAAUAACAGACUUCUUCCUAAAAGAAAUAUAACACUAGGAGAUGCAUCCGGUAAAACGGUAGUUUGGACGGCAUGGCGCUACGAAGCGCAAAAAAAAUAUGACAAUAAUCCCGUGAUAGUGUUAAAGGGUGCCUUAUUUAACGUUGAGUACCAUAAUCUCACAACUAACUUCCGCACAAUAAUACAAAUAAAUCCAGAUUUACCGGAGGCUCAUAAGUUGCGAGAGUGGUAUGACACAGUUGGUAAAAACUCAGUUGGGAAAAACAAGAUAGAAUCAUGCAUCACACUUUUGGAAGCUGAAAGUCAUAAUCCGGAAGUUGGUGGGAUACCAUAUCAUUUCAGUCAGCUCGGCGUUAUAACAUUAUUGAAUUCAACCGAGGCAAUUUACAAAGCUUGCCCAAAAUGCAAAAAAAAACUUGAACACCAACAAAAUCCAGAUAAAUGCAAAAAUUGUAACAAGGAAAUUUGUAACGAUUAUAUAUAUGGAUUAAAAGUAGAUGCUGAUAUUUCGGAUUCAACUGGCAAUCGAAAUGUGGUAGCGUUCGGUGAGAGUGCCGAAGCAAUGUUGGGUAUAAGCAUCCAAGAAAUUGCGCAAUUAUUUGAAAAUAAUAAAUUUAUGUACGCGCAAGUUUUUGAAAAAGCAGUAUAUAAAACACUCAUAUUUGACUUGUCUACCAAAAAUGAAAUCUACAAAGAUCAGACCAGCCUGCGAACAAUGGUACAAUGCUGUUACCCAUUCGAUUAUUCAGAUGCAAAUGCAAUAUUGUUAAAAAAAAUAAAAGAGAUAACCGGUGUCUAAUGUUAAAAAAAUUACCUAACUAUUUAGAAGAGUAACGCCUAGUAAUCGAGAAUACGCACGCUUGGUGAGGCAAAUAGAACUAAGCCAUACCAAAGAGAAUAUAAUCACUACGUUUUAAGCCAUACUAGCUGGCUUACAGCCGUUUUCGAUAAACGUUCCAAAUCUCAAUCUUCAAUCGGAUUCCGAGAAUGAACGAAUCACUCAGAACAAUAACAAGCACUCAAAAUAACUCAUUUUUAAACAUGUCAAAAAACAUUGUUCUGUUUUGUACAUGUUUGAGAUAAAACGCAAAUAGCGAUUGUGAUCGUUUAUUGAAAAUGGAGGUUAAUCACCGAACAGCCAGCAUCGGUGCACAAGAAAGUAUUGCGAACCAAACAAUUUAAACCGUACUAAAACUACCUCUAUGGCUUUGAUACGAUAUACGAUCAUUCAUUCGAAAUCGUAGGCAAAUAUACAAACAACCUUUUGAAGUCUUAUAUUUGCCUUAUAAAAAAACAAUAACAACCAACAGAUUUGAAAGAGCCUUAUACAUUCUUUGAAUUUUUAUGAACGAAUUACAAUAUAAUAAAUACCUAUUUCGACUCCCGCAUCUGCUGCUGCGCGCAUUAACUGAUUUUACUAUCAUUAACUUUUGUUUUGUUGAUAUUUCAAUCCGUACUUUUUGUCCUUAAAUAUUUAGUAAAGUACACUUUUUUCUAGUGUAUCCUCAGAACAAAAUCAAGCACGUAUAGUACGAUCCUCUAAAAAAUAAAAUUGGCAACACUGCUCCAGAGACGCCACUUUGACAGUUGUCAUCAAAGAGAAUUAUAUAUGAAAAGUUGUCACAGGGUUUGUCAAAACUAAUUAAAGUAAAGGGAUUAGAAAAUAUAUCAGUUUCAUUUUCUACGUUGUAAAAACAGAGUAUUUAUAUAGCAAAGUUAUAGCCACUACUUACGUUAUAUAUGAAGAUAUUAUGUUUCUAAAUUCUAACACCUAAAGACAAUUAUUAUUUCCAUAAUAUGUAUUAUAAUUCUCUUUUCAAAGACAUUUCGAUUCCACGCGACAAAAAGAGAUAAGCAUGAAAAUUUGCAAGUUUCACUUUGAAGAUUCAAUAACUAACCGGAAAAAACUUUUUCAAGAAGCCCUUUCUUGUGCUAAAUAUGGAAAAGUCUUGUAUAUAUUAUCUGAGGAGCUUAAUGAAUUGCCAGAACUUUCUCAAGAACUGAAUUGUGUCAAUGUAAAUUACAUGAAAAUGAUUAGUUUCAUGUAUGUACAAAGUUUGGAAUCACUAAUAGAAUGUGUUUCAAGUAUACUACAUUGGCAACAUGUACCAUAUUCCAUUAUACUAGAUGAUUUGACCAGAUUUUGUGAUGCCAGUCAUGUGCAAAACGCUUGUGGCAUUGUUGCUUUGUUAAUUGAUACUAUAAGAAAUUAUUCCAAUUCAAUAAAUAAACACUGUAAGUUAACUAUAUCUGUUUCUAAAGAAGCUGCUGGUGAACAAUACUGUCAGACUAUCAAAAAAAUGUAUACUUAAUUGUAAUAUUUAAUGAAUAAAAUAGAUUACUACCUACAAA